GCUCAAUUACUUGCAAAUUGUGUUUUUAAAGUUUUCAUUACACCAUCGAAGUUUGAAGAAUUGACAUCAUGAGGUCUGUUUUGGUUUUCAUGAUAAUCAUAAAAGUGGUGAUCGGAAAAGAUGAUUUUACGAUCAAUUUCAUAAAAAGUUUUAUAGAAAAUGAAAGGAAACCAACCCACCUUAUUUACAAUGGCCUUUGCUGGGGAAAAAAAAUGGAAUUAAACUUAGUCAGCGAAUUAUUUAAUUAUGGGGUAAGAUGCUCUUCAUCUAAUCUGCCCCGAUCCACGAACCAGGAUCAUGACUUGAUGUUCCUUGUCGACUUGGACUGCCCUGAUUCUGAAGAGGUUCUAAGAAACGCAUCGUCAAAUAACCUGUUUAGAUUCCCUUUCCGUUGGUUGGUACUGUCCAAGGCAGGGUUAAUGGAUCAUAGAAACGCUACCUUGUGGAAGUGCCCAGUGUUGAUAAGCAGUGACUUGGUGCUUGCAGAGGAGAAUGAAAAAGAAUUCGUUUUGACCGAGUUAUACAGGUCGUCACCGGACGGUCCAAUGUUGUCCUCCCCAAGAGGAAAAUACAACGGGGCCUUCUUAGACUCCAGACCCCACCGAGAGCUGUUCCGUAGAAGACGGGACCUGAUGGGCCACGCGCUAGUCAUGGCCAACGUGAUACAAGACAGCAACUCGACCAAGGAACACUUGCUGAAGGAGGAUAGACUGGAGCUCCAGAACGACGCUGCAGUCAAGAUCUGCUGGAUCGCUGCGAGGCACGCCUUCGAGAUGCUGAACGCGACCCGCCGACAUAUCUUCAGCUACCGCUGGGGCUACAAAGUGAACGGCGAGUGGUCCGGCAUGAUCCAGGACAUCAAGUCAAAUAGGGCUGAUUUAGCUACCAACUGCGUGCUAUAUUCCGAACGCCUAGACGUGGUGACUUUCACGGACAUGGUAGCACCACUCCGCAUGAGGUUCGUGUUUCGCCAGCCACCUCUCGCCUACGUGUCUAAUAUCUUCUCUUUGCCUUUCUCGUCCAACGUGUGGGUUGCCAUCGCUGUGUGCACAGCAGCUUCUACCCUCACUUUGUGCUUGACGAGCCAUUGGGAGACCAAAGUGGAAAAGAAUCCAACACAGCUAGACGGUAGUAUAAGUGAUGCUUUACUCUUGACCCUGAGCGCCGUCGCUCAGCAGGGAUGCUUUGUGGAACCUAAGAGAGCUCCAGGUCGUAUUCUGGAAUGGUUCCUGUUCACGGCGCUCAUGGCUCUGUACGCGGCAUACUCGGCCAACAUCGUGGUGCUGCUACAAGCGCCUUCCAACUCCAUCAAGAGCCUGUCACAGCUGGCUGCCUCCAAGAUCACCCUGGCUGCGAAUGACGUGGACUACAGCCGCUUUGUGCUGAGCCCAUACAAGGAUCCAACACAUGUACACAUUUAUCGAAGAAUCAUGCCUGAAGGUGAAAAGCCUAAUUUUUAUCACAUUCAUGAGGGCGUUGAGAAAAUCCGACAGGGGCUGUUCGCGUAUCACUCCAUCGUUGAGCCGGUGUACCGCCGAAUAGAAGAAACAUUUCUGGAGCAGGAGAAAUGCGAUCUAACCGAAGUAGACUUUGUCAACGGUUUCGACGCUUUCACACCUGUAAAGAAAGAUUCCCCGUACUUGGAAAUGUUGAGAGUUGUGUACAAACAGAUCCGUGAGGCAGGCGUGCAGGGCGCGCUGAUCAAGCGCUUCCUGGUUCCGAAGCCGCGCUGCGUUGGGGAGAUGUCAGCCUUCACCAGUGUGGGUCUCCUGGACAUCCAGCCGGUCCUGGUCUUCAUGGUGUACGGGUUGCUGCUGUCCGUCCUUAUAGCGAUUGGGGAAAUUGUGGUUCAUAAAGUAACAAAACGAUGCAGCAUCAAGAAGAUGAGGAAGCAAUAAAGAAUAAAAAUUGGAGAUUCCAUCUAUGCACGCUGAGAGUAGAAUUAAAGCACAUUUUUAGAAACAGCAAGAUAGUUUAUUUGUCUUGUCGGUAGGAACUUACAGUUAUGUAACUAUGAACUUCAUUGAUAAACAAAAUAAAUAUUUAAUUUAAAACGU